GUAGUGCACGUAACAAACUUAAAGAGAAGCAGCCAUAGUGAAUUGUUGGAGGUGGUUGUAUCAAAUUAUCUGCAAAAAACAUGGACGCAGAAGGUCUUCAUAUGAAUAUAGACUAUGUGGGAAGCAGCGGCGUUAUUCUAAGUACAGAGCAGAAGGCAGCUCUACAAUCUUCCUUGGUUAUUUCAAAAAGUAAUUACAAGUUUCGUUCAGUGAAAUUUUGGGGAAAGAUCUUUGGAGUCAAUAGUGACUACUUCAUUGUACAGGGAGUUGGCAAAGAUGAACUGAAGGAAAGAAAAACGCUCUACAGUCAGGACUGUGUACACUGGGGUCUACUGCCAGUGGUGACAGAAAGCAUGAGACAUACCUGCUCAUUUGUAAAAGGGCGCUUCACAGGAGACCCAUCAUAUGAGUAUGAGCACACAGAGACAAAGAAAGCUGAAGGAGUAGAUGGUGAAAAAUUGGAUGCAGUAGAUGAGGAAAGCAUUAUUAUGGUCAAAGAAGAGGACAGGCUGGCAACAACAAUUGAAGCUAUUGAUUAUGAUGUCAGAAUAGUGCCCAGGGGAGCUUACUACCGAACAGCUCUUGGUACAGUUGAACCAAACAGAAGCUUUGAAGGUUUGUCAGUGCCAGAUUCAGGCAAGCUCUCCAGUUACUUCCAUUUCCGAGAGCCAUUUCUGUUCACCCAGAAGACUCUUCUUCAAAAGGCUGAGUUGGAUAAAGCUAUUGACUUCCUUGAUCCGAUUGAUACUGAUAUACCAAAGGGAGGCUCAUGGAGUAUCCAGUUUGAGCGCGGGAGUGGCUUGGUUACACUGCGCAGCUUACACUGGUUGGGCUUCACUUUCUAUCAUGUACCAGGUUCACGAAAGUAUGGAUCAGUGUAUGUUGGUGUUGGCACCAAGAAUCUGGACCUUCCUUUUAUGCUGUGAAGGGACAACUUCAUCCAUAAGUUUUAUGUAAUAUAGUGUAUUUAAUGAUAUUCACAAACAAAUAGAAAGAGCAACUUUAGUGCAGCUGUAAUAUUAUUGUAUUCAUCUCAACUCUGUGCUUUUUGAAACCAAUAAAUAUGUUUUGCACUCAUUGAUGCAUAGAAAGAAAA